UCUUUUUUUCUCAGGCAUUUGUGUGGCAUCCUAAUCAUCCCUCCUCGGCCUUCUUCCGCAAAUUCUCUCAGAUUACGCUGCGCAGCGUUUGGCGUGUCAAAUUAUAAUCGGUUUAUUUCUACACAAACCGCGAACGAGCCGAUCUGUACGGUCAGCACAAUGCUCGUUACGAUCCGCAAACAACUGCGCAACCACCCGGCGCUGAUCCCCCUCUUCUUCUUCAUCGGGGGAGGCGCCGCCAUGUCCAUGCUGUACCUCGCUCGAUUGGGAUUGAGAAACCCUGAUGUCAGUUGGGACCGCAAGAACAACCCUGAGCCGUGGAACAAACUCGGCCCGACCGAUCAGUACAAGUUCUUCGCCGUGAGCAUGGACUACAGCAAGCUGAAGAAAGACCGUCCCGACUUCUAAAGAUCAAACCUGCUGGACCAAAAGCGCAACAAGAAAAUCCGCACAACCGUCUUCAUUGGGAAUUUUUCAUUUGGGAGAUGCAGAUGCUAAAUCCGCACACUUAUUUAAGUUUCUUCAUCUCAUUACCAUUUAACUGUUUCCAUGUGCAUCAAUAAAAAAGGAGUUUCCUCCUUCAUACAAGAGAAAACAUGUUUUGUUUUAUCAUUUGCUCCUCAUUUCCUUCAUGAUUUUACUUGUGUUGCUGCCUUGCAUGCUUAUUUUCACUGCAGCUUUCAUGCUUUCUUUGCAUUUGCAUCCCAACAACCUGAUCCCCAUCCUUUUUUUCUAUCCUAACGUCACCUGAGUGAAGUGUUAUCCGAGCUACUUCAGCUUCAACUCCCUCUGCCUUAUUUUUGAAAAAAAAUCUGCAGUUAAAUUUAUGAAAUCCUACAUCAAAAGUGCUUUUAUUUUGAAUUUCCAAAAACCCUAAAGACGUCUCCCACAGGGCAGACGGCAACGCGUCCCUGUGGGACAUUUGAAGGUGUUUCUCCUCCCGAGUUUGAUCACUCUCAGCCAGAUGAGUCUGUAAAUGUCACCGGGUCACUCCGUUCCGUCUGCAGCUGGAGAGCGCCGACAAGCAUGAGCAGCUGAGGCGGCGAGGAAAAUGUCAAGGAGACCUUCGGAUUUGAAUAGAAACCUAAAAUUGAAUCUUCACACGUUCACUCGGGGGGGGAGUGUGUACAAAUUUAUUAAUAUUUCCAUUUUUCAUCCUCAGAAGUUAAACUGUGGAGCAGAAUUGAUUUUAAUGUUCUGUUCUUGGAUAGUUUUCUUCUACAGACACUGUGAUAACAUGGAACGCUAGUUUCUGAUUAACCACUACUGCCUGUUUUUUAAUCUAAAUUUUAGCUUUUUGUAAACAUUUGUAUGUUAAUAGUUUUGUAGAUUCAAUAAAUUUGUAAAACCUG